GUGUCGCUGUUUCCCCGCUGACAUUUUGAUGACACGGCGGCUGUGUGGUGGCAGCGUCAGCAGGCAGAGAGAGAGAGAGGGAGAGGACACAGUCAGAUCAGCCAGUAAUCACCAUCGUCUCUCACACUGCCAUGGUCUCACCGACGGAGGAGGAGAAAAAAAAAAAAAAACACCAACAGCGCUUCCUAUUUUGAACUGGGAGUGAAACUUUGAAGCCCCGCGGAUAUAAGCGACACAGAAAGUAGCUACCACCACCACCAGCACCAGCACACGGAAACCACAAAGAAGGAGCCGUCGGUGCUUUCUUUCUUUCUUUUUCUUUUUUCUUUUUUUUAUUUUGUCACGCUCGGAGGGGAAAGACGGCAUCCGGCCUGAGAAGAAGCUCCGAGGUCGGGGACUCCGGUCGGAGCAACGCUCAUCGUUUCUGGCCUCCCCUUCCCGAGAGCUCAAUGGAGAAGAUGAAGCGGUUCAAGCGCCGCCUCUCGCAGACGCUACGAGGCAGCCACACCAUCGACGAGUCGCUGUCGGAGCUGGCCGAGCAGAUGACGAUCGAGGAGAACGGCCUGAAGGACAGUGAACCGAUAGUGAGGAAUGGUCGUCCUCCGUCGGCCCACAGCGUCCACUCCUUCCUCCAUCAGUACACAGGCUCCUUUAAAAAGCCGCCACUGCGACGGCCUCAGAGCGUCAUCGGAGGAGGCCUGGGCUCUCUCAUGGUCAUGCCUCGCAACGGCAGUCGCCUUGAUAUCGUCCACGAGAACUUGAAGAUGGGGUCGGACGGGGAGAGCGACCAGGCGUCUGGGACUUCCUCUGAUGAGGUGCAGUCGCCCACGGGUGUUUGUCUGAGGAACAGAGGGAACAGGCGCAUCUCUGCAGAGGACCUGAACAAACGUCUGUCCCUGCCGGCUGACAUUCGGAUACCUGAUGGUUACCUGGAGAAGCUGCAGCUGAGCAGUCCGCCCUUCGACCAGCCGCUGAGCCGACGCUCCCGCAGAGCAUCACUGUCAGAAAUUGGAUUCGGGAAGCUGGAGACCUACAUCAAACUGGACAAACUGGGGGAGGGCACGUACGCUACGGUUUUCAAGGGGAGGAGUAAGCUGACGGACAACCUUGUGGCGCUGAAGGAGAUCAGAUUGGAGCACGAGGAGGGGGCGCCAUGCACAGCCAUCAGAGAAGUGUCGUUACUGAAGGACCUGAAGCACGCAAACAUUGUGACGCUGCACGACAUCGUCCACACAGACAAGUCACUCACACUGGUCUUCGAGUACCUGGACAAAGACCUCAAGCAGUACAUGGACGACUGCGGGAACAUCCUGAGCAUGCAGAAUGUCAAGAUUUUUCUGCUCCAGAUCCUGCGGGGCUUAGCCUACUGUCACAGGCGGAAAGUCCUCCACAGAGACCUGAAGCCCCAGAAUCUGCUCAUCAACGACAGGGGAGAACUCAAACUGGCUGACUUUGGCCUGGCGAGGGCCAAGUCCGUUCCCACUAAAACAUACUCUAACGAGGUGGUAACGCUUUGGUAUCGGCCUCCCGACGUGCUGCUGGGCUCCUCCGAGUACUCCACGCAGAUAGACAUGUGGGGUGUGGGCUGUAUAUUCUACGAGAUGGCUGCCGGCAGGCCCCUGUUCCCAGGAUCCACAGUGGAGGACGAGCUGCACCUCAUCUUCAGGCUGCUAGGCACUCCCACAGAAGACAGCUGGCCUGGAAUAUCCUCUAUCGACGAGUUCAAGUCCUACAAAUUCCCCAAGUACAAAGCUCAGCCGCUCAUUAACCACGCGCCCAGGUUGGACACCGAUGGCAUCGACCUGCUGAUGUCAUUCCUAAAAUACGAGUCGAAAAAGAGGAUCUCUGCUGAUGAAGCAAUGAGACAGCCGUACUUCAGGAGCCUGGGGCCACGUGUGCACACACUGCCAGAGAGCAUAUCCAUAUUCACACUGAAGGAGGUCCAACUACAGAGGGAUCCCGGCUACCGGAACUCAUCGUACCCUGAGUCAGGCAACGGAAAGAGCAGAAGACAAAGCAUGCUGUUUUAGAGUCUCUGGACUGUAAUUUUUUUUUAAUUUGGGAAGGAUCUAGUAGCUGUACAGUCUCGCCGAUGGAUCGGUAACCUGAGAUGGAUGUUGGCGUGGAGAAGCAUCAUCGUCACCAUCAUCACCAUCACUCCCCCCCCAAACUACUUGGGGGAAACUUGUGUCCUCAGUGCGACCGAACCCCUUCCCAGGUUUGGAACUGAACCUGGCCCAAAAGAGACAUUUAUAUACUGUACAUCUAUAUUUAUUGAGAAGAAGAGAAUUUGCUGCUAAAUACAACUACUGUCUAGAAUUCUAACUGGCUCAGUCACUUUAAUGAGUACAUGCAAUGUGUAUAGAUUUUUCUUUUUUUCUUCUUUUUUUUUUUUGAAGUGGUGGUAUUUUUAGUGAUUUUUUUUUUGUCAUUAUUUCCAUUUUCAUACAUACAAAACUCCACCUCAGAGCUUCUCCGUGUGAGUGUGAGUGUGUGUGUGUGUGAGAGAGAGAGAGAGAGAGAGAGUGGGUGUGUAAAGCGCACAGACAGACAGAGGGAUGUUUCUGUAGCAACUCAAAAAGGAUUUUUCUGUCUCUGUUGCCACAGUGCUGUUCUCAGAUGCACCCAUCAUUUGUGACCAUUUUACUCUGAAGGUUUUUUUUGAGGCCGGCUUUGAUGGAAAUGAUCUUUUUUUUUUUAUCCUAACUGAUAUGAAAGCUGUGCUGCCAAGCUCUGUACAACAACAAAAGAAGAAGAUCACAUUCUUGUCAGAUGCUGGCGAAUCAUUCCAGGAUGGUGCGGCCUCUGUCGUGACCAACGAACAAAUGCAGAGGGGUAAAAAAAA